AUGGCUUCGACUGAGGAGAAAGUUUCAAGUGAGAAUAAUGUUGAAAUAAGAAAAGAAGAAAUUGAAAAGAAUUUAUUAUAUGUUAGAAAAUGUAUUGAAGCAAUUACUCAAAGACAAAAAGAGGUUAGGUUAGUUGCCGUUAGUAAGUACAAACCAGCUUCAGAUAUUCGCUUUGCUUAUGAAUUUGGACAAAGGCAUUUUGGUGAAAAUUAUGUGCAAGAAUUAAUUGAAAAAAGUAAAAUGUUACCAUCAGAUAUUCAAUGGCAUUUUAUAGGAACGUUACAAAAAAUACCAAAUUUAUGGGCAGUAGAGACAAUCGAUAGUAAAAAAAAAGCAGAAUUAAUGAAUAAGGCAUGCGUAUCGAGAGAUGAUAAAUUAAAAAUAUUUCUUCAAGUGAAUACAAGCGGAGAAGAAUCCAAAAGUGGAAUUGAACCAAAUAAAUGUUUAGAAUUAUUAAAUUAUAUUAAAGAUAAUUGUAAUAAAUUGGAAUUAUUAGGGUUGAUGACUAUCGGAGCUCCUAACAGGAAUAAUUAUAAUGAAGGUCAACCAAACCCUGAUUUUAUAGCAAAAGAAUUUAGGAAGGAAAGAGGAAUUGAACUAGAAUUAAGUAUGGGAAUGUCUAAUGAUUUUGAAGAAGCUUUAAAGUUAGGAGCUACGAGUGUUCGAAUUGGAAGUACUAUUUUUGGUGCAAGACCAGUAAAACAAGAAUCAGGACAAGAUAAAGUAUAA